CUGGUUCCACCCGUGAGCAACAUCCGGUUCUUUUCCACCCAAAAGUCCAAGUCCAAGUCCGAAUCCAAACCAGUCCAACCCGUAUUGUUGUAUCGAUCCAUCUUUUAUGUGUGUAUUUGCGUUUGUGUGUGUGUAUGUGUGUGUCUCUGUUUAGCUUUUCCCUUUCUUCCCGUCGUCAAUACAUGAGGUUCCCAGUAAUACAUCUGAUUCUUUCCAAUACAAUGCCUGUUGCUGCUCCGGUCACGAUGCAGUUAUUCUUUUUUUUCUUUUUUUCUUUUUUGUUUGUGUUUGUGUCUGUGUUGUGUAUUUGUUCUGUUUUUUAUUUCUUAUCCAAAAAUGAGUCGACCUGUUUCACUCACUGUAGGUCUUCGGUCGCCCAGAAAAUGGAUAGAUAGAAAUCGUUGAUAAAGGGGAGCUUGAUUCGAGACCCCUAGGUGAAGCCAAAUAAGAUAAAUAAAAGCAUAGUUAUGCGUAAAACUCGUGUUCUGUCCUUUUCUC